AUGGACGCAUUUGACCUUUCCUCAGCUCCGGCCAAAUUCCGGGCCAUUAAACCUAUCUGUGACAUACUGGUCAUCUUCACCGGAGCGACUUGGGUGAUCAACUACAUCGUCACGGUGCGGCAGAUCUUCAGGGACAGGGUGUGCGUGAUGCCUCUGGUCUGUCUCUGCUGUAAUGUCGCCUGGGAGAUCACGGUCGUCCUCAUACACCGGCCCCCUUACUUCCUCCUCGACGUCUUUUUUGCCAUGUGGCUGUCGGUCAAUAUGGUCAUUGUGUACGGCUCGGUCAAAGUAUCCAUGGAAAAGCAGCUUCCCUCGCCGCUGAUGCACAAGCAUCUCCCCCUGGUCAUCGCCUUGACUAUCUUGGGCUUCAUAUCGGGUUAUCAUGCGCUCGCGGAAAUGUUGGGCCCUACCAAGGCCGUCUGGUGGGGAGGAAUGCUUUCCCAGGUGGUUAUGAGCGCUGACUGUUUGGGUCAAAUUUUGCACCGGGGAAGCACGCACGGGACGUCGUGGGCGAUGUGGUAG